AGUAGCUGGAGAGGUCCUGCGGCGUGCGAAAGCCGCCCGGACGCAGCGGCCACUGUUCAGAUUGCGGGUUUCUCCGCUGGCUGCCCGGUUGCCCUUCCCAGGGCCUGGCCUGGCUGAGCGGUGAGUGCGCACUGCCCUGCCGUGCGGGUGAGGCGAGAGCUGAUGACGGCGCCGUGUGACGCUGAGGUUUGAAAACUACCUGAAAAAAAAAAAAAGCAUCUGAGAGAAAACUCUGGUGCUCAGUAUCAGCAUGGAUUUCUCAACUUAUGGGAAGGUGGAGAAUCAUCAGCAAUGUUAAAUGUAUUAGCAGCCCCCUGUGAGAUGGCUUCCUUGCAAAGGAAAGGAUUGCAGGCAAGGGUUCUCACCUCUGAAGAAAAAGAGAAACUGAAGAGUGACCAAGCUUUGGUGUCUGAUUUUAAACAGCAAAAACUGGAAAAUGAGGCUCAGAAGAACUGGGACCUUUUCUACAAAAGAAAUAGCACCAAUUUUUUCAAAAAUAGACACUGGACCACCAGAGAGUUUGAGGAGCUAAAAUCGUGUAGGGAGUUUGAAGGUCAAAAAUUGACUAUUCUUGAAGCUGGCUGUGGAGUUGGGAACUGUUUAUUCCCGCUUUUAGAGGAAGAUUUGAAUAUCUUUGCCUAUGCCUGUGAUUUUUCUCCAAGAGCAGUCGAAUAUGUUAAGCAAAAUCCACUGUAUAAUACAGAGAGAUGCAAAGUAUUCCAGUGUGAUCUCACUAAAGAUGACCUUGUGGAUCACGUGCCACGAGAGUCUGUUGAUGCUGUCAUGUUGAUAUUUGUGCUGUCAGCUGUUCACCCUGAAAAGAUGCGCCUCGUCUUACAAAACAUUUACAAGGUAUUAAAACCAGGGAAAAAUGUCUUAUUCCGUGACUAUGGACUAUAUGAUCACACCAUGCUUAGGUUUAAAGCCAGCAGCAAGCUUGGAGAAAACUUUUAUGUUAGACAAGAUGGAACCAGAUCAUAUUUUUUUACUGAGGAAUUCCUGGCCCAGCUCUUUGUGGACACAGGAUAUGAAGAAGUGGUAAACGAGUAUGUGUUCCGAGAGACGGUGAAUAAAAAAGAAGGCCUGUGUGUGCCAAGAGUUUUCCUCCAGAGCAAAUUUCGAAAACCUCCACAGGACCUCAGCCCUGCGGCCGUGCAUCACCAGGUUGGCGAUUAUGUCUCCCCUUGAUGAGAGAGUUUAAGAAUCACUCCUUCUUUGGUUUGUUUUUAUAUUUUAAUUUUUAAAUGAGCAGAAAUAGUUUUAUAUUUAAAAAGGAGCCUGUAUGUGUGUAUUAAAUAAGUGCAAAUAAAUCUCAGAAACCUGAAAGUAAAGAAAGUUUCAUGGUGUAACAUAGUUUAGCCAUGUUGUCUGACUGUAAAAUCCCAUCAAGGAAAACCCAAGAAUGCUGUUGAGAGUUCAAGAGGUUCUUAUUAUUACUCAUGUGACUCUUUAAGUGUGCCCCUGGGUAGCCCUGUAGAAAGCCUGUAGAAAAAUGAGGCCGAAUGCACUGAAACACACCCACAUGUAUUUUUAACUUGAAGGAUUAUUCCCUUUUCCCAGUGUCUCUACUAGCAGGUUCUCCCACAGUUUGGGUGCCCAAGAAAGUGAGGCUACCAUUAGCUUAGUAUCACAACUCUAAUCAUAAAGAGUUUAGCAUUUGUGAAAUCAUACAGACCACAAUGUCAGCCAUUACAGCUUUGUUUUCAUACACAUGAAACAGCCAUCAGGAAGGUAGUAAGUAUUGCUUAACAGUACUACAGUGACCAGUGUUAGUUCUGUAGUGCUAUGUAGUGGGAGUAUGUGUGUGCCCAGACAUUCUCCUUUAACAAGCAGGUUACGUUACUAUGAGUAGGUUGUGAAAUGAAUUGCUCGCUAAAGGAAGAAUUGUAUAUAGAACGUGUGUUAGAGUGCUGAAGUAGAAGAAGCCACCGUAAGGUCACACUGCCACUCACAUUCCCGUACCCUAAGCUUGAUGUGGUACAUAAGUGUGAAAAGUCAUUGACCAGGUAGGUUGUUAACCAAGGAAUACCUGUAUGAUAUGUACAUGUACAUUUCAUGUUAUGUACUAUAUAGAAUUGUAGAUUUAUUUGGUGUUUUUGAUAUUUAGUAUAGUUAAAUAAAUAUACAUUAUAAAACAGCAUAGUGAAAUUAUAUUACAGGAUUUGGAGUAUCACCAUCAGGGUUCAAGGUCAGUCCCCACUUCCGUCAACCUUAGUCUUUACAUGUUCAGGACUGACACCCUAACUGUGAAUAGCGGCACACACCUGCAAUCCCAUCACUUUGGGAGCCUGAGGCAGGAGGGUCACAAGUUCAAGCCCAGCGCGGACAACUUCAUGACUUAGUAUCAGGGACCUGGCCAAGAUCCCCAGCUGCCUGGAUGAGGAAUACUGGGUACAAGGAGUACAGCGAAAAUGAAAUAAGAAAGAGAUCAGUUUAAUGCACGACAGGCGGCAGAGACAGAGACACUCAAGCUAGCCACUAUUUAUUGGGUGUGCACAAUGAUUGGAGGGAGUAUCAGAUGACUCAGAGUAGCUUGUGCUAAUGAGGAUCUUUAUGUUGAUGCGGGGGAUAAGAAGGAGUUUGUUCCUUCCCCAAGGUGAGACUGCUUUUAUGACUACUGCGUUCUCAAGGAACUAGGAUGUCUUCAGCUGGUGCAGCCUUGCCCUGGGGCGCCACAGCAUCGCGAGACCACUGAGGCCUCGUCUGUGACCGGAGGCACACGGGGUUAUGUUCCUGCAUACCUCAGCCGGCCACGGGGCAAGGCACUAGGCCUCAGACAAGCCGUACUCACAAUUUACCUCUUAAAUGAUUUUCCCCAACAGUUAUUUAGAAUGGUUCUCGACAACUUACAAGACCCUGUCUCAGAAUAAAAAAGGCUAGGGAUGUAGCUCAGUGCAGAGGCCCUGGUUUCAAUCUCCAGUACCAAAAAAGAAAGAUGGGAAGAAAGAAUGGAGAGGGGAGGAGGGAAGAGGGGAAGAAAGAGUGGUUUAUUUAUAAAACGCAGUCAAAUACUAGUUACUUCUGUUAUUUUGUAGUCCCUUACAAAAUAACUUCUGCUGUGAUUAUGAUGUCCAAAUGGUAGAAGCAGUUCACGAGCCAAUCCCUGUUCAGGAAGGACUUCCCAGUCCUUGGAAAGGCCUCGCAUUGGACUACGCCAGCACAGAGUGGCGCUAGAUGCUAACUUUUAUUGCCUCUCCAUUGCCAUCUUAAUGACAGUCCAUUUUUCCUGUCAUGGAGGGAGGAAAAUACUUGUUACAUAUACAUUUUCUGGAUCAAUUUCAGCUUAGAUCGAUCUUUGCUUCACUGUGGGUGUAAGAAAGUGAGGGUGCUUUUACCCAACAUUGAAUCUACUUUGUCUCCUGAAGGCAGUUUGUUUUCAACUAAAUAUGAACACCUGUAGGCACUCUCUGGGAAAGUGUCUACACGGUCUCCAGGCAAAUUGAGGAGCGUAAAAACAUACUGGACACGACCAAAAAAAAAAAAAAAAAAAAAAAAACAUACUGGACACCAUCAAGAACCCUAAGCUAAAAAAAAAAAGAACCCUAAGCUUUUAUUUUUCCUGUGGAUAAAUAAAAUACCCCUUCACACCUUCCCCGUCCCUAACUGGCUCUGUGGGGUUUAUUUUAUUGCUGCUUGGGAUGAAGGCAUAGCAAGAUAGGGGGCCACAACAUGCUUCUCGUGUGCCUCACAAAUUAUUUAUAGUUCAGUAGUACUUGGUUCUCUCUAUCACAGUUGUCACUCAAGAAAGGCAAAACUGUGAAAUAAAGCAAGAGUGUGUUUUGUAGGACUAUGUUUUCGUUGGAGAGCUCGUUUUAUACUGACCCAUUACCACUAAAUAUUGCAUUAAAAAUAAAAUGAGAUGCUC